AUUUGUUUCGACAAUGUGUCCCAUCAGUCGGCGCGUGCCAUUUGGAGGGAAGGGCGCUCUCGUAUUUGUGCAAAAACGUGACAUCACGAAGAUACCACAUUACGAUUGCUAAGAUGGGAUCGCGGUCCAGAAAAUUAGUACAAUUAGCAACUAUGCAAAACGUAGUUGAUAGUAACGUAAAUGAUAGUUCCAGUAUCCAAGCCGAGGAAGUUGAUGACUCUAAUAUAAACGCAAUGAUUCCAGAAGACAAAAGUAACGAUGACUCAAAACAUCGUCGACGUGAGUCAACUAGUAGUACCAGUAGCUCUUCAAGUAGCUCUUCGAGUUCUUCUUCGAGUUCCUCCUCAAGCAGUGGACCAUCUUUUUAUGAAGAUAGUGAUGAUUCCGUAAAGGAUCCCAAUUAUCAAGAGGAGAAGUCAAAAAGUAAUAAUAUACAUAGUUCAGACUCUGAAGAAGAAGGUGCCAGCACUAACUACAACUUCUCAAAAGACCAAGACUUGUUUAAUUUAAAUAAUAAUAUUGCUUCAGUUGACACCAUAGAGCAAGUUGACAUGUUAUUGGUAAGUAAUUCAGCAGAAAAUCGAGACAUAAUAGUUAACCAUACAAAUCAGAUAGAUCUGGUCGCAACAGAGAAUAAUUCGCUUGUAGUUGGGAAUGAUACCACUAUGCCAAUAGAGCCAACCACUUCCAACAUCACCCCAACUAAAGUAGGAAAAAAAAGACCAAGGCAAGAGUUAAAUUGGAAGAAGAACAUCGCUAAGCGAUUAAGAAAUAGUGGACUAUCAUAUAUUUCAACAAAAACUAAUAAGCCCUUUCCAAAACGCCAGCUUAAACCACCUUGCAGAGAAAAUUGUAAAUUUAAAUGUAGCUCUAACUUCUCAGAGCUUGAACGUGAGAAAAUUUUAAACGAAUAUUGGGGUUUAGGACAAAUUGAGAAACAAUGGACGUUUAUAGCUAAUAAUGUCGAUUUAGUUAUUCCAAAACAGCGAUAUGUGAAAGUGGACUCAGACGGAAAUAUUGCUGCAAAGCGUGAAAACAACAACGCUUUCUUUUUGACUAUUUCUGGUGCAAAGAUCAGAGUAUGUAAAUUGUUUUUCAAAAACACUUUGGCUAUCAAUAACCGCCCUAUAGAGACCGCGUUGAAAAAGAAAAAUAAUGACACUAAUAUCUCGUCAAUGAAAGAUUACCGUGGCACUCAUCUAAAUCACAGUAAAGUUGAUGAAAACAUUAAAGAAAGCAUAAGAAAAUUUAUAGAAGCGAUACCAAAAAUAGAAUCGCACUAUAUUCGAGCAAACUCGAAAAGACAUUACAUUGACGGCAGCAAAGCAAUUACAGACCUGCAUAGAGACUACGUUGAACAAUGUAAAUCUAAAAAUAUACCCUAUGCAAGUUAUUUAAUGUUUUAUCGUAUAUUUACACAAGAAUUUAAUAUAUCGUUUUUUGUGCCGAAGAAAGAUUUGUGCGAUACAUGCGAAGUUUAUAAAAAUAGUACGCCCGAAGAAAAAGAAUUGAAAAAAGAAGACUACGAAAAACAUAUCAGAGAAAAAGAAUUAUCACGCAUUGAAAAGACAAAUGACAAGAACAAUAAAAAUAUUUUAGUUGCUGUUUACGAUCUCCAAGCUGUAUUCCAGUGCCCUAAGGGCGAUAUUUCUGUAUUUUACUACAAAUGCAAACUUAAUGUUCUUAAUCUAACAAUUUAUAAUAUUCAGAAUAAUGUUGUUGAAAGUUACGUAUGGGACGAGUCACAUGCAAAUAGAGGCAUAAAUGAAAUAGGUACUUGUGUAUUUAAUUACCUUACCAAAAUGUCAAAUUCAGCUGAAGAUUUAGAGGUUGUCUUCUAUUCAGACAACUGCGCAGGGCAAAAUAAAAACAAAUUCAUGAUUGCCCUGUAUUUAUAUGCCGUACAGACCUUGCCUAACCUGAAAUCCAUAACACACAAAUAUCUUGUAAAAGGCCAUACCCAGAACGAAGGCGACUCUGCCCAUUCCCAGAUUGAGAGACAAGUAAAGAGGCUAUUAAGAUCCGGUCCUAUAUACACUCCCGACGGAUUUAUCGGUGCUAUAAAAACAGCCAGGAAAAAGAGUGAGCCAAUACACGUCAAUGAAAUGUGUUUCGAAGAUUUUUAUGAUUGGAAAAGUGUGUGUAAUCAAAUUAAUUUUAACUUAACAAAAGAUGAAGAUAACCAUGUAGUUAAACUAUCAGAAGUAAGAGUAAUAAGAGUUAGUAAAGAUGAUACAAAUGCUAUAUUUUAUAAAAAUUCUUAUGCUGAAACGGACUUUAAAAAAGCCGUCGUUUUGAGAAAAAAGAGAAACAACAAUAUAGAAAUAAAAAAUCUCUAUAAUAAUAAACCCGGGUUAGCUGAACGAAAAAAAUCGGACCUAAUGGAUUUGAUUAAUAAGAAAUUAAUUCCCGGAGUUCAUAGGAGCUUUUACGAAUCGCUCUAAGAAUGUUUUUAUUUUAUUUUUUAUACUAUUUUUGUAAUUUUUAUAACAAUUAUUUUUUAUUACUUUAUGUGAGAUAAGUGAAACGUCGGUUCCUUUAAGUACAAUACCUAUGUGAUAUUUUAUAAUGAAAAGUUCCUAAGUCGUAAUUUUAUAGUACUUAAUGAUAAAUACUCAAGUUUUUAA